CCAAGUACAUCGGGAGCCUGGAUGUGCCACGGCCAAACAGCCGGGUGGAGAUCGUGACGGCCAUGCGGCGGAUCAGGUAUGAGUUUAAAGCCAAGAAUAUCAAGAAGAAGAAAGUGAAUCUCAUUGUGUCAGUGGAUGGCGUGAAGGUCAUUCUGAAGAAGAAGAAGAAGCUUCUUUCAUUGCAGAAAAAAGAAUGGGCCUGGGACGAGAACAAAAUGCUCGUCAUGCACGACCCCAUCUACAGAAUAUUCUAUGUGUCUCAUGACUCCCAGGACCUAAAGAUCUUCAGCUACAUUGCCAGGGAUGGGUCUAGCAACAUCUUCAGGUGCAACGUCUUCAAAUCCAAGAAGAAGAGCCAAGCCAUGCGCAUCGUGCGGACGGUGGGGCAGGCGUUCGAGGUCUGCCACAAGCUGAGCCUGCAGCACACCCAGCAAAACGCAGACGGGCAGGAGGAUGGAGACAGUGAGAGGAACGGAGAUGACCUGGAUGUCCCAGCCUGCCGCCUCUCCGGUGUGGAGAGGGCAGCCGCCUCAGCGGAAGAGACGGACAUCGACGCCGUAGAGCUGCCACUGCCCGGAGCCGACAUCCUGGACUUCAGCCGUGGCGUGACUGACCUCGAUGCUGUGGGCAAGGAGGGCUGCCUCCACCCUGAAGAUAUCCUGACAGCAUCACCCAAGAUGCUGCUGCCCUCAUCUGCCCAGCUGCCUGACCUGGGAACACCCCUCUCUGCCCACCAUCAGAUGCAGCUUCUCCAGCAGCUCCUGCAGCAGCAGCAGCAGCAGACACAAGUGGCCGUGGCACAGGUGCACCUGCUGAAGGACCAGCUGGCAGCAGAGGCGGCGGCACGGCUGGAGGCCCAGGCUCGAGUGCACCAGCUCCUGCUCCAGAACAAGGACUUGCUGCAGCACAUCUCGCUCCUGGUCAAACAGGUGCAGGAGCUGGAGCUGAAGCUGGCAGGGAACACGACGACAGGCUCCCAGGACAGUCUGCUGGAGAUCACCUUCCGCUCCAACGUCCUCCCUGUCCUCUGCGACCCGAUCACCCCGCAGCCCGAGGACACCCACCCGCCGCCGCUGGGCCCCAGCUCAGCUUUCCCCAGCACCCUGGGCAGUCCCAUAGGUAGGAACGACUGUCUGGUGAAGCUGGAGUGCUACCGCUUUCUGCCGGACUCGGGGCCACCUGCCCCAGAGCCACCGCUGGGCAGCCUGGAGCUCAUCAAGUUCCGCGAGUCGGGCAUCGCCUCCGAGUACGAGUCCAACACGGACGAGAGCGAGGAGCGUGACUCCUGGUCCCAGGAGGAACCGCCGCGCCUGCUCCACGUCCAGCCCAGGCAGGACCUGGGCGACAGCCUGGAGGAUGAGAUCGCGGUGUAGGGGGGUCAGCAGGAGGUGGUGCGGAGCAGCCAGGACCUGCCAGAGCUGGGACAGACCCUGGCCAUAGCCCAGUGGCCCUGGCAGGGAUGGGACAGCCCGGAGGGAAUGGGGUGGAGGGGGGAGUGUGAGGCUUCCAGCACCCAGUCAGGAGAUGUGCAGGGGUUAGGUGGAGUCGUGCUGAGGGAGUGUGCUGGGCAUGCUGUGCUCCAGCGUGCAUGGGCUUGUGUGUUGAGCUGGAGCAUCCCUGCUUCUCAACUGACAGUGAGCUGACAGCUCCUUGUGCUAACCCCUGGCUCCCACCCCCCACAAACUGUGUGUCCAGGUGAGGCAGAAGCAAGGGGACUCCCUGCUGGAUUAGCCCCUGCUGCUGCUGGGGAAGGAGUAAAGGAGAGGAAGGAUUUUUCUGAGGGAACAAGAGAGGAGAUGCAGGGCAGGGAGCAGGGACAAGAGGGACCAAGGGGGGAGUGCUGGGGUGAUGAGCAAGGACAGAGUGGCUGGCAGGUGGUCUGGCUCUCUGUGUGGUGGACAGGGUGGAAGACAAGGAUAGGGUCAUGCUACGUUAGGGUUGGUGACAGUGCAGUGUUGUAGUGGGUCUGUGAGUGAGAGGUGAGGCAUAGAGGGACAGUGGGGACAAGCCUGGAAAGGAGUUGAUGGGGUAAGAUGAGGUUGCACAGGCUGGCCAGGUGCAGACAGUUCCUGCAGAGUGAUGUGGCACUUCCAGGACAGAGUUUGUCCCUGCCUGAGGCAGGUGGAGAGCAUGCAGGCACAGCCACUCCUUUCCCAGGCUGUGGAGCAGAGAAGGUGGCACAGCUCAGUGUGGAACUGGGAGCCAGGGAAUGCAGCACUGGGCUGUGGGGUGUCCUCCCCG